GUACCGUGUGGAGGCAAUCGAGCAAGGAUCAAUGUGCGUGGUACGAUAUUUGAAACGCAUGCUUCUAUUAUCCGAAGUAUUAUGUGUGAUGCGCGUUUCCAAUGGAUCACCGAUCGUGACCGAAAUCAACGAGAGUUGUUUAUAGACAGGAAUCCAGUGCAUUUUGCGAGAAUACUAGAUUAUCUACAAAGUCGUGAGAAUUUUACACCUCCUUGGGACGAUUGCGCGCGGGCAGAGCUUCGAAGAGAGGCUGAAUACUUCAAUCUGCCUGAACUCAUUAAGAUGUGCUCAGAAAAUAACCUCCAGAAAGGGGACAAAGUUAGAUGGAAAGAGAAUGUUGUCGAAGCAUACUGGAAAUUCUUACUAACGUACUGGUUUCGAUGGAGUGACGAACGCUUACAUGCGAAAUGCCCCGACUGCAACAACACCAAUCUAAGCGACUUUCUUGACUUGAAUGGUUCCAAAUAUUUUCUACGAUCAUUGCAUAUAAAGCAUCAUAUGUCGUUGUUUAGAGGGACAAUAACUUCUGUGACUGGUGCAUUCUGCGGUGUGAACUGGGGACAAUGUUCUACUUUCGUUCCGCAAUCUGUAUUGCGCAAAGUAGAGGAAGUAGAGGAAUAA